GUAAAACAACUACUUUUACAAGAUCGUCAUUUAAGUUUCGGAUUAUAGGCAUUGUAUGCUGAAAGGCGGCUGUUUAAAUACUACUUUACGGUUGGGUAUACUAUUGCUGUAGUAAAAUAGCAGUACUAUAGUAUGAUCUCCCCAAAGCUGACUAGCAACAGUUUUCGUUGUUUCUCAGUUUUGUCACGACAGUUUCGAUCCUCAUUCAGGGCAUAUUCUGAUUUAAAGAAGGGGAAGUCGAUCAGUUUUAUCAUUAUUCCCAAUGUGAGCUCUGCACAGAAAUGGCCUAAUACUAAACUUGGACCAAUAGAUACUGUCAAUCCAAAGUAUCCCUUGCCUGGGUUUGUAGGACUUACACUGCCUAAAGAGGAAAAAUCGCUUGAAAAGAAUUUCACACCCGCAGUGUAUACACUACCGCCGUUGAAAGAAGAGCAAUAUGCUGCAGUUCUCCUAGAUGUUCAUAAUGACGCAGAAUUCAGUGGAUAUUCGUCUUCAAUUAUUCCGGUGAUAUCUAAUGAACUGGUAUGUAGUAUACAUACUUGUCCGACGUUAGUUCAACGAGAUUUAUCAGAUAUUUUCCCAUCGAGAAAACUUCUUACUACACCUCUAACAGCUUUAGUUCUUAGUUAUCAUACUAGUGAAUCGCUGGACAUGUUGAGUGAGAAGGCCGUAAAUGAAAUUGAACAAUUAGCGCAAUCGUUUAUCUCUUCAGCGAUUGAAAUUUGUGCUUCACUUAAAAAAUUGGGUUAUUGGGCCGAUUUUAUUGACCCAUUCACUAACAAACCGUAUAUUGGGGCACAUGGUGAAGCAGUUCUUAGUGAAACGGAUGAGAAUAUAAAACACUUUGGAUUUGAACUGAACAGUUCAAUGUGUUGUAAGAUUUUAUGUCAUCCUAGAUGGAAGAAUCAUAUAUUUGUUGGAUUGAUAUUUACAAAUGCACCACGGAAUCACCCUAUCCUAUCGCAUAUUUAGUUUACUCUUAUUUUACUGUUGUUUUGCAAUGUUUUAAUUUUGAGAAUUGUGUAAUAAAAUCAACAGAUCAAGAUGUGUAAACACAUGUAUGUGUGUAUUGACAGUAUAUAUGGACAGAGAAAUAUAUCAGUUCUUUGGUAUCACAAUUUUAUAUAUAUAUAUAUAUAUAUAUAUAUAUAUAUAUAUAUAUAUAUAUAUAUAUAUAUAAUGUGGUUAUUGCUUUUGUGUUAUCACAAUAAAUUAUACAAUUCAAAUGCUUACCUUUUUGCUCAUCAUAUAGUGAGUGAAUGUUAUUGUUAAUACAAGCUUAGUUUUCUUAGGAUUACUUCGGAAUUGAAAGUGA